GCGGCGAUGCCUGCGCCUCUCUGACUGCCGCGCGCUCCCGCCGCCCAGCAGAGCCGAGGGUCCCGCCAGCCUCCCGGUCGCCGACAUGCCCAGUCCUCCCGGGCUCCGCGCGCUGUGGCUCUGCGCGGCGCUGUGCGCCUCCCCGGGGGCCCCAGGAGCCCCUCGACCGGGUCCGCCGCCAGCCUGCCCGGCCCCCUGCCGCUGCCAGGAGGAUGGCUUCAUGCUGUCGGCCGACUGCUCUGAGCGCGGGCUCUCAGCAGUGCCCGGGGACCUGCACCCAUUGACGGCUUACCUAGACCUGAGCAUGAACAACCUCACGGAGCUCCAGCCCGGCCUCUUCCGCCACCUGAGCUUCCUGGAGGAGCUGCGCCUCUCCGGGAACCACCUGUCACACAUCCCAGGACAAGCGUUCUCUGGCCUCUACAGCCUGAAAAUCCUGAUGCUGCAGAACAACCAGCUGGGAGGGAUCCCCGCCGAGGCGCUGUGGGAGCUGCCGAGCUUGCAGUCUCUGCGCCUGGAUGCCAAUCUCAUCUCCCUGGUCCCGGACGGGAGCUUUGAGGGGCUGCCUGCCCUCCGCCACCUGUGGCUGGAUGACAACGCACUCACCGAGGUCCCGGUUGGGGCCCUCAGCAGCCUCCCCGCCCUGCAGGCCAUGACCCUGGCUCUCAACCGCAUCAGCCACGUGCCCGACUACGCCUUCCAGAACCUGUCCAGCCUCGUGGUACUGCAUCUCCAUAACAACCGUAUCCAGCAUCUGGGGGCCCACAGCUUCGAGGGGCUGCACAGUCUGGAGACUCUGGACCUGAAUCACAACGAGCUGCAGGAGUUCCCCGUGGCCAUCCGGACGCUGGGCCGGCUGCAGGAACUGGGUUUCCAUAACAACAACAUCCAGACUAUCCCAGAGAAGGCCUUCCUGGGGAACCCUCUGCUGCAGACCAUACACUUUUACGACAACCCGAUCCAGUUCGUGGGGAGGUCUGCAUUCCGGCACCUGCCCAGGCUGCACACCUUGUCCCUGAAUGGCGCCUCGGACAUCCAGGAGUUCCCAGAUCUCAAAGGCACCACCAGUCUGGAGAUCCUGACCCUGACCCGCGUGGGCCUCCGGCGCCUCCCCCCAGGGAUGUGCCAGCAGCUGCCCAGGCUCCAAGUCCUGGAGCUGUCUCACAACCAGAUCCAGGGGCUGCCCAGCCUGCACAGGUGUCAGAAGCUGGAGAAAAUCGGCCUCCAGCACAACCGCAUCUGGGAAAUCGGAGCGGACACCUUCAGCCAACUGACCUCACUACAGGCCCUGGACCUGAGCUGGAACACCAUCCGGUCCAUCCACCCCGAGGCCUUCGCCACUCUGCGCGCACUGGUGAAGCUGGACCUGACGCACAACCGGCUGACCACGCUGCCCCUGGCUGGACUCGGGGGCCUGGUGCAUCUGAAGCUCAAAGGGAACCUGGGUCUGUCCCAGGCCUUCUCCAAGGACAGCUUCCCCAAGCUGAGGACCCUGGAGGUGCCCUUCGCCUACCAGUGCUGCUCCUACAGCGCCUGUGCCCUCCUCUCCAAGGCCUCCAUGCAGCGGGAGCCCCCGGACUCUCACCCUGAUGACCAGGAGGCUCCAAAGAGGCCCCUGGGCCUCCUUUUUGCCGGACGAGCUGAGAGCCACUAUGAUCUGGAUCUGGAGGAGCUCCAGCUGGAGAUGGAGGACCCCAGGCCGCACCUCAGUGUCCAGUGCAGCCCUGCUCCAGGCCCCUUCAAGCCCUGUGAACACCUCUUCGAGAGCUGGGGCGUCCGCCUGGCCGUGUGGGCCAUCGCGCUGCUCUCCGUGGUCUGCAACGGGCUAGUGCUGCUGAGCCUGUGUGCAGCCGGGCCUGGGUCCCUGCCACCGGUCAAGUUUGUGGUGGGGGCCAUCGCAGGGGCCAAUGCGCUGACUGGCCUUUCCUGUGGUCUCCUUGCCUCAGUUGAUGCCUUGACCUUCGGCUACUUUGCCCAGUACGGUGCCCGCUGGGAGACAGGGCCGGGCUGCCGGGCCACGGGCUUCCUGGCCGUGCUGGGCUCCGAGGCCUCGGUGCUGCUGCUGACCCUGGCCGCCUUGCACUGCAGCGUGGCCGUGUCCUGCGUGCGGGCCCACGGGAAGGCGCCGGCCCCGGGCAUCGUGCGGGCAGGGGCCCUGGGCUGCCUGGCACUGGCGGGGCUGGUGGCUGCCCUGCCGCUGGCCUCCGUGGGCGAGUACGGGGCCUCCCCGCUCUGCCUGCCCUACGCCCUGCCCGAUGGCCGGCCGGCGGCCCUGGGCUUCGCGGUGGCACUGGUGAUGCUAAACUCCUUCUGCUUCCUGGUGGUGGCCGCGGCCUACGUCAAGCUCUCCUGUGACCUGCCCGGGGGCGACCUGGAGGCCGUGUGGGACUGCACCGCCGUGCGCCACGUGGCCUGGCUCACCUUCACCGAUGGGCUCCUCUACUGCCCUGUGGCCUUCCUCAGCCUGGCAUCUGCACUGGGCCUCUUCCCCGUCACCCCCGAGGCUGUCAAGUCCGUCCUGCUGGUGGUGCUGCCCCUGCCUGCCUGCCUCAACCCGCUGCUCUACGUGCUCUUCAGCCCCCACUUCCGGGAGGACCUACUGCGGCUCUGGCCCUGCCCAGGGGCCCCGGGGCCCCUCAGCCUGGCUGCCACCGGCCAGCUGGAGCAGGGCUCCUGUGACUCCACCCAGGCCCUGGUGGCCUUCCCCGACCUGGAGCUCAUCCUGGAGGCUGCCGAGGGGGGGCAGCCCCCGGUGUUCAGGGCCUAUAGCUUCCCCUCAGUGACCAUCGCUUCCUGCCGGCAGCCCAGGGGCCCCCAGCUGCAGGACGGCCACUGUGUGGAGCCAGAGGGAACCCGUUUUGGGAACCGGCCACCCCCCAUGGAAGGAGGACGACGGCCAGGGGCCAAGGGGGCCACGCCAGCAGGUGGGGGCUGGUCAGAGGGUGAUGGCUUCCAGCCCCCUGGCUCAGCUUCUGCCUCACCCCUGUAAACGUUCACCCCCUCUCCUGCCUCUUCCCUCCGCUGCCAGCCUCUGCUGGGAAUGACAGCUGCUUGAAAAGAAAUUUGACCAAGACUCAGUAUGAUGGUGGCAGAUGGCUCUGUCCCAGCUCCCUGGGACUGCCUCCCUUCCAGGCCACCGCUCUUGUGUCCUGGGCCCAGCUCUGGCCUCUUUCCUGCUGCAUCUGAAGCUCAGACUAGAGGUCUGGGUGGUUGUCAGCUUUAGGGAAGUGAGUGGAGGAAAAGGCAGGGACCGGGCUGUGGCCCCGAGCGGUGCGGGGUGGGGGUGGAGGGCAGGGGGCCACAGAGAAAGGCCUGGUAGGGGCCACCAAAUGCAUCUCCCAGUGCUCGUGGAUUGGGUACAGAUGUGCUCUGUGGCCCACUGGUCUUGCAUGUGUCACUCAGAAAACUGCCUGUGAAACGAAGCUUUGGAGAACAGGACACUUCUUCUCAGAGACCCAUGGUGCACAUCAGUGUGGCGGUGAGGCUGUGAGAACCCUGCUGCAAUGAAGUCGGUCGAACUUAGUUUAACCCAGUUCCCCAAAUUUACCAGUAGGUUUGCCUUUUUGGUUUGUGUGGAGUAUCUACUAGAGAUUCACAGACUAGCCCUCGUCUCUCCUGGGGACCCCUCUCUGCACUACCUGGUGACAUCACAAGAGGCCGCCAGUCCUUGAAAGCCAUUUAAGUGGGACCAAGAGCACCCCCAGUCAUUGUCCCCAGCCAGCUGGGUCUCACUCACAACUGAAGGCAUCUUGGCUUCUAGAAGCCCCAAAUCUGACUUAAACAAGCCCGCGAAUAGGAGACAGGCCUGGAAUAAAUUAAUUCUUGGGCUUCAGCAAGAGACGAGUAACUGAUUUUGAGAAAUGGGUUCAAGAGUCCCAUAGAAGUUGGAAGUUUAUGGAGAUACAGAGGGAAUUGUCAUUCUCCGGGAUUGAGUCAUGUUCUCACGUCCCUGUCGCCAUCCCCAGGCUAGUUCCUUGGUGACGAAGGGAAGCUGCUUGCUCACAAGAUGCCCUCUGCCUGGCCCGAGACCCCCAGGCUGCAGUACUGGGGGCGUGACGGGCUCUUCCUGCCUAAGCAGCCCUGGACACCUGCUUUCACGCCUGCUUAUUUCUGCCUGAGUCUGUUUCCUCCAUCAUCCACACAGGAUGAGGACAGGCCUGUGUACUGUGAUGUCACGAGCAGGGGAUUCAAGCUUGGGGCCUUGUUGUUCAGAGUAGCCCGUGCUGCGAAAUGAAGCCAGGGGCAGAAAGAGAUUGUAAAAAUCCAUGUAAAUCUGCACGAUUAUUUGGCUAAUCCAUCUGAUUUGUUCACUAUUAUUUCUAGAAUACUUGGCACAUAGCAGGUGUUUGAUAGGUAUUUGUUGGACAAACGAAGGUUACAGCACAGUAACUCUGACCAGCUAUGUAAGUCACCACAAGGGACAGCCGCCAGAAAAAUCAACAAAAGGCUAUAUGACCCCAUCCCCACACAUGUAAGGCUUCUGAAGACCUAGAAAUCUGGAAGUGUGGUGGUCACCGCACUGUCUCUAAAGCUGUUUUAGCUCCGUGUCCGUCAUUCUGUGUCCCGAGGGAUGCUGGGGCGUUGGUAAAAUAAAGGGUGGCAGUUGCAGGCCUUCUCACA